GGAUGCAUGUUUGCCCAUGGUCGUCGUGGAUCAGCCCCGCUUCUUCAGCCAGAGGAACUGAUGGGGGGGCUGAGAGGGGGAGCAGAAAGGCCUGACCAGUGGUACCUGUCAAGACGGAGGGGCUCAGCACCCUCACAGCAGCUCCAUCCAGGGCUUAAGAUACUGAAAGUGGGUUUCACUGGUGUGGUGCCUCUUGGGUCUGGUGGAGGUGGUACUGGUAUGCAUGGCGUGGUAGCAGGAAGUAGUGUCAACGUACCACCCUUUAAACGACAACGUGCUUUCCCUCAUCGUCUCAAUCGCACUAACUCCUUCUCUGUCCUAGAACCUUUCAUUUCUUCCAUGGCAGGCUCAGAAGGCGAAGGCUGUCCAGAGGUCACUUCGAGCCGCCUACCUCCUCUGACUGCGACGGAGAACCUGCCCCUUGGAGAGAGCCCCUUCUGUCUGUCCAGACUGCGUGGCCGAAGAGGUUCUGUGCCCUGUGAAACACCCGGCUCGGACCUGGUCAUGGAGCAGCCAGUCCUCAAAGAGCAGACAGAUAUAAGAUAUGGUCGAAGGGGCUCUGGAGGCCUCGAGAUGCUGCCGUCCAUGGUGGCUAGAGCACUUCCUUCCUUGUCUACCAGCCGUGGGGGCAUUACAGGGGGGGGAGCGGGAGGUUCAGGCAUGCCUUCUUCGUCAUCUUUUUACCGUGACUUCCAUAGGGGUUCUGGUGGCUUAGAACUACUGUCAGGACUGUGGAGAACUCACCUGGAAACCGAAGCUUCCUUGUUGCACGAUGAUGCAGAUGUUUGCUCGCAGUCUUCGGGUGGCAUGACACCAGGGACCCCCGGGGCAGUCCCCCCUCCCAGGGUGAAUAUUUCUUUCCCACUGCACAGACGCGGCUCACUGCCAACAGACCUCUUUUACUCAGACUCGGUUGCGCCAGACCCAUCCCCCGAAGUGUGGUUUGGCAGUAAGCUAGAGGGGACCUCAGUGUGUGGGGUAAUGAGGGGACGUAGCAACAUGACUGCCCGGGCCCUCCGUCUCCGCCCUAGCCCCAUUCUUCUGCCAGCCUCCAGUGCCAAGCUUACGUCUCCCUCUUUGUCAGCCCGCCCGUGAAAAUGCUGCCAUUGGGGUUGAUCUUCUUUGGACAAGUCGUCGCCUCCCAUUUUUUAAUUUAUAUAUAUAUAUGUAUGACUAUAUAUAUGUGUGUGUGUGUAAAUGUAUCUGUAUGCAUGUAUGUAUGUGUUUAUA